CAGACAAAUCUCUAGCUAACAGCGAAACGCUAAUUUCAUCCAGCAGCAGCGACCUACACCGACAAGCUCGUGAGCUUAGUUUGUUAUUAGUGCGGCGGCGGUGGCGAUGGCGUCCGGGCAGGAGAGCAGGGAGGAGCUGGACCGCAUGGCCCGCGAGGGCGAGACCGUCGUCCCCGGCGGCAAGAGCCUCGAGGCGCAGGAGCACCUCGCCGAGGGGCGUAGCCGCGGCGGGCAGACCCGGAGCGAGCAGCUGGGUCACGAGGGCUACAGCGAGAUGGGCAGCAAGGUCGGGCAGACCCAGAAGGAGCAGUUGAGCGAGGAGGGGUACAAGGAGAUGGGCAGCAAGGGCGGGCAGACCCGGAAGGAGCAGCUGGGCCACGAGGGGUACAGCGAGAUGGGGCGCAAGGGCGGGCUCAGCACCAAGGAGGAGUCCGGCGGCGAGCGCGCCGCCCGCGAGGGCAUCGAGAUCGACGAGUCCAAGUUCAGGACCAAGUCCUAGACGCUUGCCUGCUGCGUGCAGGCAGGGUUAGUGUGUAGUAGUGGGUGUUAAGCAGCCUAGCUAGCUAGUCGAAGACGUGCUUCCUCAAUCCUGUGGAGAACUGAGGUUGGCACGCGUUUGAAUAAUGUAGCCAUGUGUAGGGUGAGAGUCGUCGCAGCACGUACGCAUGGAGGGGUCAUCCUCAUGCGUGCUUCAGUUUCGUGUGUCGGUGCCUGGUCGCCGUCGUCGACCGGCCGGUGUUGGUUGGUUUAAGGCAGCAGGUCUCUUCAGGCUUUGUCUUCCUAGUCUAGCAGCCUGUUGUUAAUUUCCAUGUGCGUCGCGCCUCUACAGCUAGAUGGUCGUAGCUCAUGGUUUGUCCUCACCUGUGCCUCAAGUUUCGGUAAUUUAGUUGUCAGGUUCAUCA